AUGGUGGUUGGGGAAUGCUUCCCAAAGAGCCGCACGGUGAACAACAGGUUAAAAAGAAAAAUACCACUGCACCUGCUUGCUGUUCUCAACGAAGUUAAAGCCAGAAUGGCAGGAARCUUCAUGCGGUGGCUGAAAGUUGCAAGGCUGACGCACAAAUGGGAGAGCAGCUCUGAUCCAAUGGGACCUACAAAUGAGACUAAUGGUCCCUCCGUUGCAGGGAGGUCCUCGUUUAGCAGGGAGCAGCUGCCCAGGUGUGCUGAGGGGCCUGUACUCAGGAAGAGAAACAGGGAAUCCUCCACAGCAUUGGAAAAAUACCCCAACUCACCAAUGACUGCAAAACAAAUAUUGGAAGUCAUUCAGAAAGAAGGGUUAAAAGAAACAAGUGGAACCUCUCCAUUAGCUUGCCUGAAUGCAAUGCUUCAUACUAACACUCGUGUAGGUGAUGGAACAUUCUUCAAAAUCCCUGGGAAGUCGGGACUCUACGCUCUCAAAAAGGAAGAAUCAACAUGCCCCAGUGAUGGAACAUUGGAUUUAGGAUGUGAAUCCGAGUUAGAUGGCACUGAAAUGGCUGAGACAAACAAUAAUAAUGGAGAUGAAAAUGGUGUUUGCCCAAAGCAGACAUCUGAAGAAAUGUCUUCCAAUCGUGAUUCAAGCCUUACUAAUGCACCCGUGCAAAGCAAGCUAGUAUCUUCCUUCCAGCAGCAYACAAAGAAAGCACUUAAACAGGCUUUAAGACAACAGCAGAAAAGAAGAAAUGGAGUCUCAAUGAUGGUAAACAAGACUGUUCCUCGUGUUGUUUUGACACCAUUAAAGGUGUCUGAUGAGCAGUCGGAUUCACCUUCAGGGUCUGAAUCUAAAAAUGGUGAAGCAGACGGUUCUGAUAAAGAGAUGAAAAAUGGGCAAAAGUCUCCAACUGGAAAACAAACAAGCCAGCACUUAAAAAGGUUAAAAAAAUCUGGUUUAGGACAUUUGAAAUGGACCAAAGCUGAGGAUAUUGACAUAGAAACGCCAGGAUCUAUUCUAGUGAACACUAACCUGAGGGCUUUAAUCAAUAAACACACCUUUGCUUCUUUACCUCAGCAUUUUCAACAAUACCUCCUCCUUUUGCUUCCAGAAGUAGACAGGCAGAUGGGAAGUGACGGAGUUUUGCGCCUCAGUAGUUCUGCUCUAAAUAAUGAAUUCUUUGCAUAUGCAGCACAAGGGUGGAAACAGCGAUUGGCAGAAGGGGAAUUUACUCCAGAAAUGCAGUUGCGCAUCCGACAAGAGAUUGAAAAAGAAAAGAAAACUGAACCUUGGAAAGAAAAAUUCUUUGAGAGGUUUUAUGGUGAAAAGUCGGGAAUGUCAAGAGGGGAAUCGAUGAAACUCACUGCAGUACAGAACAAUGACCAAGAUGAAAGCAACACUUUGUGUGGAUCUUCUGACACACCUGGUCCUUCUAAGCCAGCAGCCGUUGAGGAUCAUGAGCAGAAAGGUGCUAAAAUCCAACCAUUGCCAGAGAGGGAUCAUUGUGCACCUCUCUGUAAUAUGGAACAGGCUCCAGCCAAGGAGCUGGUGUCAGAAUCAGAAGAUGUCCUGAUACCUGAGGAAUCAAUCAUCCAGGAGGAGGUUGCUGAAGAGGUUGAGACGAGUAUUUGUGAAUGCCAGGAGGAGAACCAUAAAACAGAACAUGAGUUUUCUGAGGAGUCAGUCAGUCCAGCUGGCACAAAUGAAGAAUCAGAGGCAGCGCAGCUUGGAGACAGUGCUGAGUCUUGUGUCACGAUGAAUGAUGUAACUGAUACUGUAUCUCACAUUGAAAUUAAAGUGGAGUUGAAGUCAGAGUGCCCUCAGGAGGAGAUGUCAGUUGUGAUAGAUCAGCUGGAGGAUUGUGUAUCACCAGCACGAUCAGCCUCAUCCACAAACUCUGUCAGUGAUACAGCAGAGAAGGAUUCUGAGUCUGCGAAAGAGAUGAUUGCUCCAGAAAUCCCAAAUGUUGCUCUGGAAGGCUCCUUGUUCUCUGGUGGAGGCGUUGCGGUGGAUAUGGAGCUUCAAAGUGACCCUGAUGAACAACUGUCUGAAAAUGCCUGUAUUUCUGAAACUUCCUUUUCCUCUGAAAGUCCGGAAGGACCAUGUGUCUGUAUCGCCUCUCCUGGGGGAGACACUCAGUCAACCUCAGAGGAACCCUGUACUCCAGCAUCUCUUGAAACAGCUUGCUCAUCUGAAGUGUCCAGUUCUGAAAACACUGAAGGUGAUAUUCAGCAAAAGGCCACUGAUGAAAACUUGAAUACACCCUUGAUGUCAGAAAUUUCUCCAAUGUCCACCUCUCCUAUAACCUCAGAAGCAUCUCUUAUGUCAAACUUACCUUUAACAUCAGAGGCAUCCCCAGCUUCUAACUUACCUUUAACAUCAGAAACAUCUCCUGUAUCUGAUUUACCUUUAACAUCUGAGACAUCUUCAGUAUCUUCUGUUCUUCUGGCCUCAGAAACCUCUGUGGCAAAUAGUUUACCUCUUCCAUCAGAAACAUCUCCAAUUUCUAAUUCCUCYAGCAAUGAAAGACUUAUUUUGCAACAGAGGAAAUCACCGUGUUUGUCAGAUGACUCCCUUCCCACUUUGAAAGAAGAAAGCUCUACCAUUGCUGAGGUUGCUCAAGAGGAGGAUCUCGUUCUUCAGCCAAAGCAGCUUCAGAGUGCACCUGAAAAUAUGAAAGUUGGUCCACUAGCAAUUGUGCCAGAUACUUCAAUACUGGAAGAGACGCAAAGCAAAACCCUCAGUCAUCAGUCAUGUAAGUCACAUUCUGAAAUUGAGAAAACCUACGUUGCAUCCAUCCCAGAACGUUCUUCACCAGAGGUAAUCAAAAUUAAAAACCACAGUGGUCAGCAAAGAGGGGACAAGAAAGGUACUGCCCUGGCAUCAGAGGUAGCUGUCUUACAAGAAGGAUCAGUGGGCAAAAGUAUUGACCUGCUUCCAUCAAAAUCACACGAUAAACUAUAUACCUCAUCUCUGGAGAAAGCUUCGUUCUCCGAAGUGUGCAGAAGUAAAUCUCACAAGCUACCUGGCAGCAGCCAAAGCCGACUGGAGAGUUCACAUUCUUCCAAGUCACUAGAACCCACAAAAUCCGCUGAAAUGAGGAACGAAAGCAGAGACCCAGAGAUCCCAAAGAGGAAAACAGCAGAGCAGCACAGCUUUGGAAUCUGUAAAGAGAAGAGAGCUAGAAUAGAUGAUGAUCAGCCUAACCGUAGUGCUUCAUCUACAAGUCCAUCUGAUAAAGAUCACCCCCCCAGAGAAGAACCCCGAGUUCCGCCCCUUAAGAUUCAACUCUCMAAAAUUGGACCACCCUUUAUCAUAAAGAGCCAACCUGUUUCCAAACCAGAACCUCGAGUUUCGCCAAGUACAUCAGUGAGCAGUGGGAGAAACACUGGGGCCAGAACCCUUGCAGAUAUCAAAGCAAGAGCUCAGCAAGCGAGAGCCCAAAGAGAAGCUGCGGCUGCGGCGGCCGUGGCGGCAGCUGCCAGCAUCGUCUCUGGAGCAAUGGGGACCCCCUGCGAAGGUGGCAAGACCAGAACCCUGGCACACAUCAAGGAGCAAACCAAGGCCAAGCUGUUUGCAAAGCAUCAAGCCCGAGCUCACUUACUGCAGACCAACAAAGAAACCAAGUCACAGUUCAGCUCAAAGGAAAGUACCUCGUCUCUAGAGAUACCAACUUCUACAGAUACAAAGAUUGAAGGCUCUACUGGUGUCAUUAUAGUUAAUCCUAACUGCAGGUCCCCCAGCAACAAAUCUGCCCAUCUUCGGGAGACUACCACUUUACUGCAGCAGUCACUUAACACAGCUACAUUGCCAGAAACUGCUACUGACAUAUCAGUGCACAGUUCUGAUGAAAAUAUACCUAUGCCACAGUUGUGUGAGAAAGUUAUUUCAUCUACCUCUACUGAAAGUAACAGUGUGCCAGUGCUUUAUAAUAAAAAUUCCGUCUCUGUGUCCGCUUGCAGCACUGCUAUGUCUGGAGCAAUUAAAGAACUUUCUUUUGCAAGUUCUGUUGAUAAAUCUUCUGUUUUAAUGUCUGUUGACAGUACAAACACAGCAGUUUCAGCUUGCAAUAUAAAUAUGCUGAAAUCCAUCCAAGGGGCUGAUGCUGCCUGCAUAGCCAUUGCACCAAAAUGUAUUGAUCACAGUAACGUACCAGGCUCCRUAGAGAGCACGGUCUUAUCCAACGCCAUGGAGGAGAAAAGGUUGCCACUACCRAGCAGCAAUGCGAGCAGUGCAGUCUCCAGUCAUUAUGCCACUGUGCCAGCUUCAUCCAUUGCAAGUAAUUUGCCAAAUCAUCUCUCUGGUAGUUCCGUACUGAUUCCCCCGGUGGGGACUACCAACAGAUUUUCUUCUGAUAAGAUAGCCAUAACUGGGUGCAAUGAGCAAAGUACUGUCCCAAUUCACACUACUGCUAGGUCAGCUUUAAGCUGCAGCGAGGCUGUUGCAGUGGCAGACUCCGUUGCAAGGCCACCCAUUUCGAUGUUUACUGGUAACAUGGUGACAAUAAGCUCUUAUGAUAAUGCUACUAAAUUAAAUGCCGAUCUCUUAGAAAAAAGCUCUGGAGCCCGAAACCGGAUAGAUCUCACGGGUAAAUCUCAGCCCGUGAGCUUUACACAAACUGCCAUGAAUAGAUCUAUACCUUGCAAAGUCAUUGUAGACCACACUACGAAUCUGAAUGCCAGCCUGUCACUGUCUUCUGCUAUUGAAAGUGCAGAGAGCAGCAUAGACCUGCAAAGCAGACCUGUGAGGGCAGAAGCUGCCUUACCAAGUAUAGCGUGUCCUCAGGUCUCCGUCAUAAGCAGGCCUGAAGCAGUUUCUAAUGAAAGCCUUGAGCACAGCUCCAGCUUUAUGACCACUGCAGCAAAGCAGGACAGCAAGAACUUGCAGGCAAGUUGCUCUAGUCUUCGCGAAGUGCCUCUUGCUCCUCAAGAUAAAUUAAUUGAGGUGGUUGCUUCCGGCCAAGGUUUUGUUGAGCAGCUAAGAGGUCCUUCAGCCUUUAAAAGUGAAGCAGAUGCUGCCUGUGCCGGUCAGUAUAGCACGAACAGUCGAAUUUGCUGGCAUGACGAAGAGGCAAUGAACACAGAUCAGCCAGUGGUCAGCAGCCAUCUUAGCUCCCAUAAGCAUAAAGAAUACGCUGAGCAAAACUGUUUGAAAAAUGUCAAAACGGAACCUUCCAGUUACACACAAAUGUCUGACCUGCAGUCCAGGGGUCUGUUGACGAGCAUGGCCGUUCCUGUUAAAUCAGAAGCUAAUGAGCCUGACAAGUGCUUCAGGAUGGACACCGAGGACUUUGCGGGGCCCGAAAUGGCAGCCCGGCCCGCACAAAUAGCCACAAGCGCACAGCCAGCGCAGGCCCCCAAGACAUCCAUUCCCGAUGCCAUGGAGGACCCUCUGUCGCUGAGCACGGACACCCUGAAGCGGGUGUCGAGCGCGGGGGGCUCCGGCUGCCGCUUGUCCUCCGUGGAGGCCAACAACCCCCUGGUGACGCAGCUCCUGCAGGGCAACCUGCCUCUGGAGAAAGUGCUGCCGCAGCCCAGGGCUGGGGCCAAGCUGGAAAUCAACAGGCUCCCCUUGCCUUUGCAAACUACCUCAGUAUGUAAAGCGGCAGCGUCCGACAGAAAUAUCGUGGAGCAUCCUUCCAGCUCUCCCGGUGCGGAUGGCAAAGGAUUUACGGCGAGCGGCAUAGCCCCGCUGCAAAUCAGGAAGCGCGAAAACCACCCGAAAAAGAGGAUGGCCAGGACUGUAGGGGAGCACGCUCAGAUCAAAUGUGAGCCUGGGAAGGUGUCAAUGGACACAGAUGUCAAAGUGGCUCCCUGUGUGAUUAGUUCCAGCAUGAAUCAGCUGGGGCCCGGCCAGCCGUUCAAGCAGGAGUGGCUGAGCAAGCACGCGGUUCAGAGCCGCGUCGCGCACAGCCCCGAGAUCAAGCAGCAGAAGAGGCCGCUGCCUUCGUGCAGUUUCCAGCAGGGCUUGUUUCACGUCGAUAAAAACGGCAGCUUUCAUGCAGAAGCUAAUACCUCACAUAGACAGCAUUUUUACCAAAUGUCCAUGGCUGCAAGAGGCCCCAUUCCGACGGCAGCUUUGUUGCAAACUCCUUCAAAAGGCCCCCCCGGCUGCAAUGCCUUUGCUUUCAGCAGACACCUGGAACAGAAGGGCUUGGGAGACGUGAAUAUUUCUACAGCCGCGCACCAGCUGAGGCUCGGGAGCGUGUUUUCCCCUAAUCUUCAGAUUAAGGAGGGUGAUGACGUCGCCAGUGCCUCUCAGACUCUGCAGAAUAAAACCCUCGUGCAUCCGCCCCCUCCCCCGCCGCCCCUGCCGCCCCCUCCCCCUCCUCACCCAAAUGCCGAAGUCCCCCCUGAUCAAAAACAACCGGCAGUUACCAUGGAAACCACUAAAAGACUUGGUUGGCCUCCGCCAGCAAGCAUCUGUAGCAAUAUAAAAUCGGAACCUAUUUCCUUUGAGGAAGGUUUAAGCAGCAGCUGCGAACUGGGCAUGAAACAAGCCUCCUAUGAUCAGGGCGAAGUGAAGGAGCAGCUGAAGGCGUUUGCGUUGAAAAACGCAGAUUUCUCUUCCUAUUUGCUGUCCGAGCCGCAGAAGCCUUUCCCCCAGCUCGCUGCCCAGAAGGCGCAGGCGCAGCACCCCCAGCAGCAGCAGCAGCUCUGUGGGAACUACCCGACCAUACACUUUGGUAGUAGCACAAGCUUCAAAAGGGCCGCGUCUGCCAUCGAGAAGUCCAUUGGGAUUUUGGGGAGCGGCUCGAGCGCCGCCGCGGGCCUCCCUGGCCAGAGCGCCCCGAUGCCCGUGCAGAAAUUUGCUGACAGCAGCAACGCGGACGAGCUGGAAUUGAAGUGCUCCUGCAGGCUGAAAGCCAUGAUCGUGUGCAAGGGCUGCGGCGCCUUCUGCCACGACGACUGCAUAGGGCCCUCCAAACUGUGCGUAGCUUGCUUGGUUGUGCGGUAGAAGCUGG